UUACCAUAUUGCAACGUUUUCUUGACUUUGUUAAUCAUAUAGUGUAUAGAACUGAUUGGGGGGCUGAAUGAGGUAUGCAUGGCCAUUGUAGUAUCUAUUUUGGUUCCAUGCUCUAAUUUGAGAUAUAUUAUGUUGAAAACAUUGUGCAUAUUUUAUGCUCUUUGAAUGAUUUUGAAUACUUAGAAUUAGGAACAACUGUUGGGGGUUUUUUUGGCAGAUGACCAGUUUAAGGACAGUGGUAGAUAAAGCUAUAGAAAACCUUAAUGAAUAUAAUUGAUUUUCAGUAUGUUAAGAUUCAUGUUUCCUGUGUUAAAAAGAGUGGCAACUGCAUUUUACUACAUUUAGGAACUGGGUGUCUAUACAAUGCUUUACAUACUUGGCAUGGGAUUCUCUGUAUGGACAUAUCUCCACAAUAUAGUUACAUGUAUCCACACUAUUCUUGCAAUUGGAAAUUAAGAAAAAGCAUGCCUCACUCAGACAUUUGAAUGAGGGAUUUUCUGCCUGCGAAUGAUACAAACUCAUUUUUGAAAGUGCCUUCAACAUAAUGUUGAGGAUCAUGAACAGAAUAAAGUGUUCACCUAAAAUAUUGCCCUUGAAAAAAUACUCUCUUGGAGAAAGGUAAUGAAGGAUAUGCUACUUAUUCUUACAGAUUUAGUAUCUAAAUCAGAUAUUUUGCCUGAAGACACAAAUUGCUUUAAAAUAUGUUUUCUUUAUGAAAGGAGUUGGUGGUUGUCAGUUUCAUUCAUUUUAGCACUUGCAGGAUAAACUGAGGAACGUAGCAUCUUAGUUUCAGUUCGUAUUCUGUACCACUGAUAUAGCAAAAUGUGAGUGAAACAGUUUUCAAGUCAUCUGAUCGAAAAUUAUGUUACACAGUGAUUGACCACUGUGAAUUUUAACAUUUUAGUGAAUGCUAAAAAUGACAGUGACAGCUCUCUUUCAGUGUAAUAUUUAAGUUAUGUCUAGUUCAAAUGCACAAGUCCAGGACAACUAUGUAUCUGUGUAGAGCAAUAUUUUAAAUUAGAAAUAUAUCUAUUAAAAAUAAUAAAGGGCCAGGCAUUUUAAAAAGAAGUUAGCCGAUGCCAACAGAUUAAUGAAAAGAAACUUAAGAAACAAGAAUGUAUGAAAUUAGGUAUUUUGCUGUGGUUUGAAUACUUUUUACAAUGGAAUUGAAGUAUUUUAGAGUUGCUAUGGUUAACUGCACUCUUUUGCAUUCACACAGAACAAAGAUUCCAAGGUAGCCAUUGACUUACAACUUGGCGUCGUUUGAAGUUACGACCAACCAUCCAAAGGAACCUUUUUAAACCCAUUGCAAUGGGCUGCCGGGACGUUCAUGCUGCGACGGUCCUAGCCUUCCUCUCUGGAACAGCUGCUUUAUCGGGACUCAUUGCUGCAGCACUGCUUCCAAACUGGAGACAAAUGCGACUCUACACCUUUAACAAAAAUGAAAAGAACGUGACCGUUUACACUGGGUUGUGGAUUAAGUGUGUUCGCUCUGAUGGGAGCAAAGACUGUGUCAUUUAUGACACUGAGUGGUACACAGCAGUCGAUCAGCUAGAUUUGCGUGUCCUCCAGUUGGCUCUUCCCAUUAGCAUGUUGACCACCGUCAUGGCCCUUUUUCUCUGUUUAAUUGGGAUGUGUAACACCGCCUUUGUAUCCACGGUGCCCAACAUCAAGCAGGUCAGAUGCCUUAUCAAUAGUGCAGGCUGCCAUCUUGUGGCCGGCCUUUUCUUUCUUCUUGCUUGUGUCAUUUGCCUGAUACCGUCAGUUUGGGUCAUCUUCCAUAAUAGAGAGUUGAAUCAGAAAUAUGAGCCUGUUUUCACCUUUGACAUUUCUGUUUACAUUGCUAUUGCCAGUGCAGGUGGCUUAUUAUUUACAGCUAUUCUCUUAUGCCUCUGGUACUGUGCGUGCAAGACUCUACCUUCCCCUUUCUGGCAGCCUCUAUAUUCGCAUGCCCCUAGUGUGCACAGUUAUGCCUCCCAGCCAUAUUCUGCACGAUCACGGCACUCUGCCAUUGAAAUUGACAUCCCUGUGGUUACACGUACUUCUUAAAAGAAUGGAUCAAGAAAGCCAAACAUUCCUUUGCAUAUUCUCCCCUUAUGUUAGCAUUUACAAGUUAAAUGCUUUCCCACAGCUUAGCAACUUUUGCAACUAUAGCAAGGGUGUGUGUAGUUUGGUGACUUUUACUUUCAUUACCUAGAUUGUUAAGAAACGGGGAAUGAGCAGGCUGAAAUACUAGAAGUGACUGCAAAUUUUUAAGGGCCUCUGAAACCAGCAGUUUUUGUAAGUUUAUAAAUAACAAACUUUAGUAGUAUCAUCUUACUUUUACAGAACUCAAGUUUCUUCCAUAAAAUAUAGUACUGAAAAAUGCUAUCGUGCUGUUUGUCUUCCAGUAGGUGAAACAGUUAAGUACAGUUAGUGCUCAACUUACGACUGUUUAACAAUGGUUCAAAGUUACAACGGCCAGAAAAAAUAAUUUACAACCUGUACUUAAUGUCUGGCACACCAUACCUGUGGUCAUGUGAUCACAGUUUGGGUGCUUUGCUAUUGGUUUGCAUUUACGCCUGGCUUCUGCAUCCUGCAGGUACGUGAGCACAAUUUACUAUCAAUUUACUAUCUUCCCAGCUGAUUUCAGUUAAAAAUGUUAAAAAUGCAUGGUGGAUCUGCUUAAUGAUCACAUGAAUUACUGAUCUGUGGCGAUUGUAAAAUGGUUGUAAAAUCCAAUCUGGUCACAUUUUAUAACUGCAAUAACUUACAAAGGAAAUUCUGGUCACAAUUGUGAUCAUACGUCAAGGACUUCUUAUCCUUCUUAUCAGACUACAGGUAGUCCUCAAUUUACAACCAUUCAUUUAGUGACUGAAGUCUGCCAAAAGUGACUUAUGACCGAUUUUCACAUGAUCAUUGCAGCAUCCCCAUGAUCACGUGAUUAAAAUUUGGAUGCUUGUCAACUGGUAUGUAUUUACAAAGGUUGAAGCGUCAUGUGAUCAGCUUUUACAAACAUCUGACAAAGUCAGUGGGAAAGCCAGAUUUAGUUAACAACCGUGUUUCUUAACUGCAUGAUUUACUGGCAAGAAAGAUAAUAAAAUGGUGCAAAAUUCAUUUAACUGUAUUACUUGGCAACAGAAACGUUGGGGUUAAUUGUCAUGUCAAGGACCUACUGUAGUAUCGCUCUAAUUUGAAACAUUUUUAUUUUAAAUCUUUUCUUCACUGACAGUCAUUUCUUAUCUUUACAAAUGAUAAACUGAUUUUAUCUGAAGCUGAGCAGUACAGGUAGUCCUCGACUUACAACAGUUCAUUUAGUGACUGUUCAAAGUUACAAUGGCAAUGAAAAAAGUGGCUUAUGACCAUUUUUCACACUUAAGACCUUUGCAGCAUCCCCAUGAUUACGUCAUCAAAUUUCAAAAGCUUGGCAACUGUUUCAUACUUAUGACCAUUGCUGUGUCCCAAGGUCAUGUGAUCAGCUUUUGCGAAUUCAGAUUCACUAACUAAUUUAUCAACUGAACUGUGGCAAAAAAUGUCAUAAAAUGAGGCAAAACUCACUUAAAUGUCUUACUUAACAACAGAGAUUUUGGGCUUAAUUGUGGUCGUAACUUGAGGACUACCUAUAAUAGUUUGACAUUCAGUAUCCAAAGUAAUAGUUUAUGUACACAUUCAAUCCUGUGCCUAUUCUUGUGUUUCAUUAUGCACAUACAAACUAUAUUUGUCAACAUUUUUUAAUGUUUGUUAACUUUGUUCCUAUGAAGAUUGCCAUUUCUAAAGAAGCAUAAUGCUUAGGAAAUGUAAAUGUAGUUUUACAUUGCCUAAGUUUUACAUUUCCUAAGCAUUAUGCUUAGGAAUAUUAGAAAUUAUGCUAAUUAGGAAUAUUAGAAAUUAUGCUAAAUAUUCCUAAGCAUUAUGCUUAGGAAUAUUAGAAAUAUUUUGUUUUGUUAAAGAAAAAUGUUAAAGCUUUUUUUUUCCAACGAAGAAAAUUAUGUAACAGGUUUUUUUACAGGCGAAACAUAUGAGUAAUGUAACAUCAACAUCAGAAUAGCCUCAGGAUUGAUUAUGGAGGCAAAGUCAAAAGUGUAGAUCAGUUGGACUGAUAUUGCCUAAGGGCUUAUGGUAUAUAUCCUUUUAUUAUCAAAUAUUUUUAUAACUAAUAUGAGUUUUUUCUUUAUACUUAAAAUAAUAAGUAUUCUAAAUAUUAUUCUAAAUAACAUAGAAGAAAAUCUUCCUAUUCUACUGAGAAAUGCCUUUCUGACUUUAGAUUUUUAAAAAAAAAAAAUAAAAGUAGAGAAUUACAUUUAUGGGCUACUUUUUAUAAGUGGUUUCCUAAAAGCCAUGUUCCAAAUAAAUUAUACUGAUAUAGAAUAUUUUUAUAUUAUAUUACAGUUUUGAGGAUGAGAUUAUCAUUAAAAACACUGCAUGCAUAUUGGCUUGGUUAUAGAUCCCACUUUGUUUUCUUAUGCAGGAGACUAUGCUUUCAAAAGGAUUAUUUUUUUCCCAUUUUGUGGUAUUUAUUGCUUUCUAAGUAGUACCAGAAGCAGAUAUGAACUUUAAAGUAUGCUAUUUGAUCUCUUUUUUAAGCGAAUAAGAAUUUACAAAACUUUUUAAACAUAUUCUGGAAAAUUGAAUUAAAUCUAGUAUCUUUCUUAUUGGCUUCUAAGUAUAUUACUUUUUAAUUUGCUUUAAACAAAAAUAGUAAAAAAUAAUUGAAGAAAGCAAAGUUUUGUUUAUGAGCUCUAUUUCUUUAGGUAAAUUAUUGGAAAUUGUUCUGCAUUAAUGUUUAUUUUGAAUUUACCAUUCCAAUUAUAUGCACAUCAACCUGAGUCAUUGAAACCUUUUAACUUUGUUUUGAAUCAGGAAUUUCUCAGAAAUGUUGAGUAUAUAAUACUCUUAACAGUGAUAUUUGCACUGUUUACAACUAAAAAUAGAAUGUUAGAAAGUAUUUAUAUUUGCACAAAUAAAAUUCAUAAAUGAGAAGUGAGCACAAUUCCCUUCAAAUAGCUGCAAUUAAUGAGAAUUACACAUAAAAAACAGCUUCAAAAUACAAGGGCAGGUUUUAAGUUAUAAGUUCUGUUAAUGACAAAUAUAUAACAAUGCUGCUUCUUUAGUUCUCCCAUUCAGGUAUUAAGUUUCUGUUGUCUUUUGGAUAAUUUGGAAAUCUUAAUGGAAAUACAAUAGCUGCUUUCUGAUCAUUUCCUCUUCUUCUGCUUCAAUUCUCAUUUUACCAAUGAGUAAGACUACGAGUGAAAAGGCUCAGAUUAGUUUUAGAAGCUCAAUGGGUGAUUUUGAGCUAGUCACUCUUUCUCAGCCAACCUACCUCACAGAGUUGUUUUUGCAGGAAAAAUGAAAGGGUGUCCUAUGAAUGAUGCUUUAAGCUCCUUGUAUAAAAAACAAAGGUGUGAAAACAAUUAGCAUACAAUAUAUCAGUUACAUCUAACAAUAUAAAUGAUGGGGCUAAUGUACUUAGUUUAGAGGCUCUGUUUAUCAUUUGUUAAGGAUAUUGAGUAGUAGUUAAGGUAUCAAGGAGACCAGGAGACAGCAAGUUCUACUUCCACCUUAAGCACAAAGCCAGCUGGGCGAACUUGGUCUUUCAGCCCUAAGAAGGAGGCAAUGGCAAGCCAUUUCUGAAAUUCUGAAAAUUUCAGGGGCUUGUCCAGGCAGUUUCUGAUAAUCAGACACAAUUGAAUGUACACACACACACACACACACACACACACACACACACACACACAAAUAGCAUUCUCUAUAUUGAUUGAGGUGGCAUGGAUAUAGCCACAUACUCAGUGGAACUGUUUUCCAAAAUAAAUAUUCCAUUAUGUACUCUGUUAGCUCAAGUUCUCUGAAAGAAAGUAUGUCAGGGUGAUCUUUUGGGAGCUGGGUGAGUUUCUUUGAGCUGGUGCUUUUAAUAUCUGAAGAGGAUGGCUUGGAGAAUACUUUCAAGGAAUGCUGUGUUUCAGUUUGGUCAUGACUCCAUAGGUAGCUGUUCUAUAUUAAAGCCAUUUUUAGGGAUUUUAGCUCAAUGUAUUGGGAUUCUGCAAAUACUAACUUGCUUUUCUGGGGAUAGGCUUUCACAGUACUGAGCUUCUGGAUUUAGUGACUGGUUUAGGGAACAGAUUUCCUGACAUUUUGCAGCAAUUCUACCUAAUAUCUUCAGAGACAAGGUUGUCUGCCAUAUGGACCGCAGGAAACUGAACAGGGGCUGGCUGCUUCUGUUUUUAUAGCCAUACAGUUAAUAAAGUUAUAUAAAAUGGUAUAAUUUUGUAGUCUUUAUAUGUGUCUUGACUGACUAUUAAGUCAGGAACCCGGUAAAACUGGCUGAGGAACUCUGGGAGUUGGUCCACAAGCCUUAAAGUUACUAAGGCUGGAGAGCCCUGGUCUAUAUCACUAAAUCUGAAGCUCAAUACUGCUCAUCUUGCUUUUCUGUUUUAAGAGUACAAGGUCUAAGCAAAAUGAAAAUGUUACCAUCAGUGCCAGCAAGUUAAGUGGCAUCAGAGUAAUAGCUCUGUGCCCUCUGCCUCAUCUUCCAGUUAACCACCUUAAUAUCCCUCACUGAUGCUGAAGAAAAAUUGAACUGCUUGUCUAGUUGCAUUUUGUAUAUUUUCUUAAUGAAAUAUUUAUUAUAAAUGGACUUUCUGACAGUGCUGACUGCUUGUGCAUGCAGAAGCUAUUAAACUGUGACUUGGAUAUAUAACAUUAAUCUGUUUCUUUUGAAUUUUAUCUUGUCUGGCAUGAUUUAAAUAGAGUAAUUUUUCAAAUACAAAAUUUUGGAUGUGAAUCCCACCAUUAAUUUUAGAAUAAAAUUUAUCUGUGUAGCAUGGAAAUGUAUUUGAUCAGAGUUGACUACUGUGAAGAAAUCUGGUUUUGACAUUUAAUAAUAUCUUAUAUGUUUUUAUGUAAAGUAUGUAUUUUUAAUUAAAAAAUAAAACAUUAUUUUGCAAA